UUAAAAUUGAACGGGAGAAGAAAUAAACCGGGGUUAGGCUCUUUACCAAAUUGAAUAAAACCACAAUUGUUGUGAAAGAGUAGUCCGCCGCUAGUCUUGUUCAGUCUUCACCUAAUAAACUGGUCUCGAUGUCAAACCUCGCCGGCGAACCACCGCGGAAAACCAACCAACCGCCGUCGUCUAUAAUAUCUUCACCGCCAUCGUUUUCUUCACUGCCAUUCGACAUCGUUUUGAACGUCAUAGCACGCGUCCCAAAAAGGUAUUACCCAAUCCUCUGUUGCGUAUGCAAGAGCCUGAGGAGUCUCGUUCGCUCGCCUGAGAUUCAAAAGACUCGAUCUUUCCUCGGCAAGGAUUCAAUUUACCUAUGCUUCAUGAACAGAACUAAGCACCCCGAUACAUUUGACUGGUUCACUCUCCGCAGGACUGAGAACAGUACGACUGAGAAUGUCUUCGCCUCCAUCGAUUUCCCCUGUCCUUACUCUGCUUCCACCGUCGCGGUUGGUCCUGAGAUUUUCGUCUUUCCCGGAUCUGAUAGUACCUCACCAUAUUUCUGGAUCUUUGAUACCCAAUCUGGAAAGGUUCGUCAAGGACCUAGAUUAAUAGUGAAGCGAAGAACCACUAGCGUAGGACUAGUCGGCGGUAAGAUCUAUGUGAUCGGAGGAUGCAGAAGCGACAAGAUUCCAGCGGAAGCAUUUGACUUAAAGACGCAAACUUGGGAAGCAGCGCCGAUUCCUGACGCAAUUGGGAGAUUUAUAUGGAUCUGUGGGGCAAAUGUUUCACUAGACAGGAAGGUUUGUGCUAUAAGCGUUCAUGGGGGCAUGGUCUGUUACGAUACUAGAGAUGGUUCUUGUGAGAGAUCUGAGUUGCCUAAUGACACAUGGUGGAAGUCGGGAGUGUGUGUUAUAGACAAUGUGCUCUACGUUUACUUCUCUAGAUUCGGGUUAAUGUGGUAUGACACUGAGCUGCUGCUAUGGAGAGUGGUUUAUGGUUUGGAUCUUGGUAAAACUCAAUACGUUGGAAUGGCUCAAUACUAUGGAAUGUUGGCGUUUAUAUGGGAAAAGCCAAGUCUUGUCAGUGGUGAAAGCAAAGAGAUUUGGUUUAGAAUGAUUGGUUUGCUUAGGAGUGACGUGGGAAUUCAUGAAACACCGUCUCAACUUCUCGGGGUUGUUCCUUGUGGCUAUAGAUUGCAGCAUUGUCUUUCUCUUUCGGGUCAAAACACUAGAGAUAUGUUGAUACUUGAUUGUAAAUGAUGAUGUUUUCGUUAGUCAUAUUAAAAAUGUCAAUGAAGUUUACAGAAUUAUGAAUGUCCAGCUGCACUAAGUUUGUGUGAUUGUAUUUCAGCAUUGUGUGUUUACUUUC